UGCUUCCCUGACCCCGUAGUGGCAGCUUCAUCUUCAGCUCUUGGCCAGUUCAAAACAGACGCUGAGCUCUGGCCCGGCUGCUUAGUCCACCUUCAGGCCAUCUGCUGCGGACUGGGCUGAAGCCUGGGGACCCUGCUGCCAACAUCUGGGGGCAGGAUCAUGUCUGCUAACAAAGGCUGGUGGGUGCCACCCCAAGGUGAAGACAGCGUGUCUGAUAAGUUCCUGAGGAAGACCAGGGAGUCUCCACUGGUGCCUAUAGGCUUAGGAGGCUGCUUAGUGGUGGCAGCAUACAGGAUUUACCGGCUGAAGGCUCGUGGCUCCACCAAGAUGUCCAUACACCUGAUUCAUACCCGCGUGGCAGCGCAGGCCUGUGCUGUGGGCGCCAUCAUGCUAGGAGCUGUGUACACCAUGUACAGAGACUAUAUCAAGAGAGCAACACAGGAUGCGGGGGAGAAGUAGGUUUCUACAGCAAGGGCAGUCAGACCCUCACGUCAAUCCCUGGUAUGUUCCUAAUAAAGGAAUUUUGCAGAAAA